UAUGCUGAAUAACUGGGAAUCUGAGUGUUAUGGUCUUAUAUUUUUUGCUUUGCUGCAAAAACGCUUAUGGUCAGGUGCAACACAGUUGAUUGAAACAGGACAUAUUGAUAUCCACCAUAUCCUAUUCGGAUGUGUCAUAUUAGACGACGAAAUCAAUAGCUGGAAAACAACUAAAGUCUUGAAGGAAAAACUGCAACGUUUGAAAAGUGCCUUUACUGAGAGAGCAAUUCGCAUAACAAGCUGCAUUGACGAUGCUGAUAAGAAAAUAGAGAAUACAGAAAUUACAGCUAUUGAAGGUAUAAAAAAAGACAGCAAGGAGGACCAAUCUAUUUUAAAGAACACAGAAGAAGGAGAACAACAGCAAGGAGACAAUGUUAAUCAUGCUGCAAGGCUGCUUUUAAAUCAUGGAUAUCUUAAAGACGCUAUCAUCACUAAAAACAAUACUUACGUUGAAUCUGACACAGUGAACAACAUUUUAAAUGAAAUGUGGUAUGGUACAGAAAAGAUAAACAGACAGACGAUUUUUAGCCUUAUUGUCCUUGCUGCAGUCCACCUGUUUGUGUUGCCUUUGUUAAUGAUUAACAUGGAGGCACGCCCUUUACGUUGGUUUUACAAGAAGUAUAAUUUGCCUUUCCUGAAAGUAAUUAUACACAUGCUUGGAUUCUUAGUAUUACUCCUUGCAUAUGCAUACAUGUUGCUGUUUGACUACAGUGAUUAUGGGAUCACAUAUACAGACUGUUUCAUCAUAGUGUUGAUUGCCAGUAUUUUCGUGGAUGAAAUAAAGCAGGUAAUUAUUGCUAUUAUAAGACAAAAAUGGAAAAGCUAUGCAAGUGAUUGGUGGAAUCGAUUUGAUUGGAUGGUUAUUAUUGGAUAUACAUCUGGAAUGAUACUGAGAACUGGUGAAGGAUCCGGUUUCCGCAUUACAUCAAAAUGUUUAUUACUAUUCGCAUUUUCGCUGUUGUGCAUAAGAGUUCUCAAUUUUUGUUGCAUGACAUCGUUUCUAGGACCAAAAUUGGUCAUAAUUCGAAAAAUGAUUAAAGAUACUGUUGCCUUUAUGAUUAUCAUGGCAGUCAUAAUGAUAUGGUACAGCGUGUCUUAUUAUGCACUUUUAUAUUCAAACUCGGAGUUCACAUGGGAACAGAUUGAACACAUUUUAUCGAACGGAUAUUGGGUUUUAUUUGGAGAACUGAACUUAGAUGGUGAUACAUUAACUGAACCGGACUGCACAUUUAACAGGACAUUAUAUGAGAGUGGUGUUUUACAGCGGUGUCCUGACCAAUUUGGUUUAUACCUAACGCCUUACUUAAAAGCCUUCUAUGGAUUGAUUGCAGUAGUUUUACUAUUAAAUCUACUUAUAGCAAUAUAUAGUGACACAUAUGCAGACGUACAGAAGAAUUCAAAGUUUUAUUGGUCGGAGAUGCAGAUGUGUUUCCUUGAAGAAUAUAGUAUCAAAACGGUUUUUCCUGUACACCUCCAGUUACUUGCUCUACCUGGAAUAAUUGUCGCGAUAAUUGCGGCUUUCAUGUUCUACCUGCGUACUUCGAACACGAAUGAUAUAAAAAAGACAAAGUUAAACCAUCACCCAAUGUGUGUGAGAGUUUUUCUGUAUGAUACAAAUUAUGAUUUGAGGCUAGAAUCAACCGAAUUUGCAGAGGAGGAAGGUGCACAAGAAGCCAGGGGAAAUAUAGACAUCGACAAUUUUGAUGAGAAUACGAAUUCUUAAUGAUGACAUCCGUUUACACAGAGUUGUUACAAAUUAAGAAACAGACUAUUUUUUGUGCUUUAUUAUUGUUUGAAAAAUGCUUUUUGACUUGUGUAUCCCGAAUGACAAACUUAUGCCAUUCGAUGUUUGCCAACAAAUAUUUGGAAAUAUAACACAUUUAUGCAGGCUACUUGUUGUUCAUAUUGGCAUAUAUUUUGUAUCGCUUUAGGCGAAAUUUAUUAUAAGUUGAUCAAUAUCUUAAUUUAGAAUACACAUAUCAUGAGUUUAACAACUGAACGAGGAACUUAAAAAAUAAAUGUUAAUUCAAGUAACUGAUACAUGCCUUAUUUUGGAGGAUAAUUAGAUUAUAUUUUGUAUUAAGUUUUAAAUACCAUUUGAUAUUCAAUGUAUGGAACUUAAAAUCAUGACCAAUGGUCAGCAGCAUAUCGAAACAUCUAAUAUAGCAUGUUUUAUUUUUUAUGAAGGUACAUGUCUUUUUUUACUAUUUGGGUUUGUUUGUUUUUUGCUUUAAUCUUUAUUUGUUUGCUGUGAUUUUUAUCAAAUUCUAUUCUUGAUUUUAUUUUUUGUCUUUUUUUGUUUGUUAAUGAGUAUUUGUAUCUUAUUUCAGUAGGUGUACUAAUAAUAUGCAUAUAUCAAUGUAACCCUCGCUUUAUGAUGGUUUUUUUUCUUGCACAAAUUCUGUGACUGUUUAUCGAUAGUGUAAACACAUAUAACUUUCUAUUUUGCGAUAUAUUGUGUUGUUCGACUUGAUAAAAUAUACAUUUAUCAUCUACCAUUAUAUUGCUGAUUGCAAAAAGUGGGUUCAUUGAGUUGGGUUUUUUUUGUCCUUUAGAUGUCGAGUUUGUUUCAGGAAAAAUAAAAUCCAAUACCGCAGAGAACGAUUGCCUUGUAACUUCCAAUUUUAUGUACUUCAGAAUUGGUGAACCAUAACAGCUAUGGUAGCAUAUUCUCCUUGUCUUUGUCUGUAAUUAUUUGAUGUUUCGGCACGUCAUUCUUACCAACUUUUGAAUAUUUGUUAGUUAUUGACGAAUAAGCCAAAUGAGGACUUAAUGUUUGCUUUUCGUCUGUCUGUAUGUUCGGGUUUUUUCGCAUUAGUUCCAAUCAUACUUGAUCCCAUUUAUAAAGUAAUCGAUAUAUAUUAAUAUCAUAACACUUUACAGAUCAAAGUUGGGUUUCUUUAUGGUUUGAUGAUUGGUGUAAAAUAAAUCUUCCUUGCACACCUUGUCAAAAACUUGCUUAAUCUCAAUAUCAUAAAUAUUAUGAAUUUGAAGCGGUCUGAUAACAACGAGAUCUAAGUUUAAGUUUACCUUAUACAUAUUACCAACUUGGUUCCUACUUUCUUGUUUUUUAUCGAUAAUAUUACUUAAGUAAAUUUUUAGGCAUAGAAUUAUGAAAAUAAGCGUUUUUUCCUGGAUUUACCGUUUCAAUGAAUGCUCGACGCAUUACAUUUGAAUUUGAAUCUGAAAAUUCAUACUUAGUUUAUCCAAAUUACAUUAAAAUACAAAAACAAUGAUUUUUUUUUUUCGAAUUGCGUGUUGGCAUGAUUGAUCCAUCUGUAAUGUGGGACACUGACUAUACAAUGUCGUAUGGCAAAUACUAUUGAAGUGUUUAAACAUUUAACCUUUACGAAAGAUAGAAACUUUUUAAGUCGGAUAUUGUAAAAUGGAAAGGUUAUUUCAAAUAUAUGUAUAUAAUUCAAUUGUCUAUGGUCGCUGUUUUAUUAAAUCAAUUUACUAUGUUUUAAUCCUAUAUAUCAUAUAAAUGUUGGAUUGGAAUCAUGAUUGCAAUUUAUUUCAAAAUGUAAUUAUCUUAGAACAAAUCAGUUUUUUUUAUUAGAAGUAUACAAUUUUCAGAAAAUUGUCUCUCUCACUUUAGGAAAUUUGAAUUCGUCUAACCAUGGCUUGAUGUUAGGUUAUUAGGGUGGUACCUAACACUACAGGAAGAUAACUCUGUAAAGUCAGCUUAACGUUUUAAGUACGUUGUGUUGUAAAAGGAAUAUUAAGCUUAUCAAUGAUCAAAAUUGGUGUUUGUCAAACUGCUAUAUAACCAGUGUAAUUUUUCUGACAAAACGGUUGGUUCAAAAUUUUUGAUUUUUUUAUAUUUUUGUUAAAGGGUCAAAGUAAAUACUUUUUUAUGAAAAUUAAACGAGCCAAAUUAAUUUCAGUGAAAGCGUUGGGUACCACCUUAAUUUCUAAUUUUCCUUUGAUAUCGGACAAAAGUUAUCAACUGUGCACUAUUAUGAAAACAAAAUUUAACAAAGACUACAACUGAUAUGAAGUAUAAAAAAUUCUCAAUACACUAAAUGUUUGCCUAUUUAACUAAACCUAUGUAUUGAAUAAGAACCUUAAUAAGUCAAACGACACAAAGUUUUAUAUUAGAAAAAAGGUGGAUAGGAUGGUUGUGAAAUAUAAAAUAAGAAAGCGACCAUUUGAUAUUUGUUAGGUUUAUUAAUAUGCUUCACUGGUUUGUUUAUUUUUGACAAUAUAUCCAUGAUAUGUAUCAUAUAGUUUUAUAGUAAUAGAGAUUAUAACACAAUGUUGAAUUGACUGCUGUACUCCUUGUUUUUAACAUUUAUACCUAUUAUGUCUGUUUUUUAUGUUCACACAUUGUUGUCAAAAUAAUGGAAUUUAAUAGCUUUAUUAAAUCAGCAUUUUGCCACAAGUUUCUACACCUGCGCGGGACGUUUGCUCUUUUUCAUUGGUCAUUCGCGCUUUUUAUUUUGGACACUUGCGUCUCAAAUAAUAGGACAUUUUGCGCUUUUGCAAUAUUUGGUUAAUAUGACUAUCUUCUCCUUUUAUCUGGGCUUGGGACCGUCAGGUUUGACCUUAAACAGCUAAAAUCAUAUUUUUCUUAAUGAUUAAAAUUUGAAAAAUAUUGUUUCAGAGCACAUUUCAUAGCACAUUGAUAUGUACUUAACAGUUAACAUUAUAAGGACAAAAAAGCAUGUGUAGUCAUCACAGGCCAGUUCAGCUUCAUAACAGAAGCCCAAGGAGUUGAUGAUGGCAGUGUUUAACGACCUUGACUUGAUUAACCGCUAACCACGACGAUGUGUUGUUGGUAGAUAAAUCAUUGCCUCUGUAGUAGAUGACUGCAAUGGUACAGUUUACAUUUGUAAAACCACGGUAUACAUAGCCCUCGGGCGUCUGGGCAGCAUAUGUAACUCACCAAUCUACAAUGGGUUUCAGAGCGUCGCUGACGCGGGUUCACUGUAAGGGACGUCUCAAACUUACUAGUUUGUCGUUGAACCAUCUGAGCAGCGUAACAUGUUGUAGCCAACGGGUAAUCAGGAGCUGAUCCAGCACGUCAUUUCAGCGGUAAGGACUGAGACGUGACUGAAUGAUAAUGAUAAUCUAUUCUGACUGGUAUUUCGCCCACAUUUCAAAUAAAUAAUCAAGUUUCUCUUUCUCAAUUCUAGACCGGGGUGCCUGUUCAUCAAUGUAACGAAUCUUAAAGUAGUUCACCGACUGUUGUUGAAUGAUACUCUCCAAAAAGUUUUUUUUUAAAGUAACGCAGGAUGGGUCGAGUAGAACUGUUCAUCAUAGUGGGCAUGGAAGGAUUCUGGACCAUUUGUCGUACUAAUGACAAAUAUAAAUUAAAUGUAUUACUUUUUGUCAAAAUACAGGUAGUCGACUAUAACUUGAAAAGCGCAAAUGUCCGGUCAAAUUAAUUCGGGUGAGUCAAAAUGUCUAUAGUAUUUGAAGCGCAAGUGUCCUAUCGUUUUACAUGUUAAAAAAAGCGCAAACGUCCGGUGCCCUACUACACCAGGUUAUGCCUGUACUAGUGCAAGAAUAUGACAGAUGUUUUCCCUUCAUUAAUGUGUUUGAGCUUUUGUUUUUGAGAUUUCCUUGGAUUUUGAUAUUUUUGAUGUUUUACUUUGUACAGAUAUAUCAUUUUUAUUGAUAUUUAUAAUCGUAUAUUUUUAGUAUCCGUUAUUACCAAUACCUAUUCUUUUAUUUGGAUUUAAAUAUCAUUCUUUCGGUAUCAUCGUGGAAGUAUGUUUUUUUCAAACAUAAAAUGUGAAAUAAAUUAAAAAUUAUUACAAAUAAAAUUUUAAAAAAAAAAAGGUCAUCGGUUCAUAAUCGGAUUUAGAUGAAGAGCAAAAUUCUUCUUGGUAGUUGAAAAAUAUUUGUGUACGUUUUGUUCUUUUUAAAUUAACAUCUAUUAUAUCAGUAAAUAUCUAGUUUAUUAU